UGGGUUGGCUGGAGGUGACUGAGAGGGGCGCGUUCGCCCGCCCGGUUAUUUGCAAACACGAGGAGGCCGGGGAGCGUGCUUUCCAACUGACCUGGGCUGGCUGGAAACCAGAGCUGCUGCCUAAAACGAGAGUUCGUCGCAAACACGGGAAGCCUGUGGAGCGUGCUUUGCAAUUGGGCUGGAAAACAGAGCUGCUGACUGAAGGAGUCGGUUGCAAGAAGCUGGACACAGGACACUGGCUUCUCCUGAACUCCGCUUCCCUGGGGGAGAAGUCUGGAGCUUGCCCCGGAACUCUGCGCGGGUUCGGUACUUUGGAACAAGAAGAAUGCUGGACGCAGCCGCGGAGAAUGCAGACGGACGUCGGGAGCUGCGGGAAGCCCUGCAAAGCUUAAGGGACGGAUUGGGACGUGCUGGGUGGUCGUUCGUGUUGGUCUUUGCACUUGUGUGCGCGCAUGUAAGCGUCUCCGGCAGGGCAUCUCAUUGACGCUGAAUAAUAGUUCGAUGGGGAUUUUCUUCUUCUUCUUCUUUUUGCAUGGAGAGGGGCACGGAGCAUAUGAUCUGCGCAAAGACAUUGUUGCAUUCUGUUUUGUAAUCUCUUAAACGGUGUUGCUGAGAAGUUUGUUCCAGCGAACAUCCUGUAGGGCGUGUGGAGAGUGCGGUGUCAGUCAGAGAGGGAAAGGAGAAGGAGACAAUGGAGCUGUUUCUGAAUUAAACCUUUAGUGAAAUCAAGAUUUCUUUGUGUUCGCGAGAGAAGCAGCUAUAAAAGACAUCUAGUUUAGGAGAGUUAGCAGGGUGUGGAAUAAUCAAGGCUUGUGCACACGAUCAGAUUCCCCUCUUGCUUGCUUGACGUCUUGAAGGGGGUGGCCUGCACUGACCACUCAGCAGCUGCAGCCGGUAGCUCUAAGCACUGGGCUGGGUAGAGGUAGUAGUUCUCCUCGAGGCGGGUGCCUGACAAUUUCUGGGUAAUUUAGCAACCUGCCUCAUAUACUAUCUCAGGACAGGUGUGCCACAUAAAGUGUUCAGGAGCUCCUGGGUAGGAUUGGAGAACAGUAUCAAUCCAGAAUAACACAACAUUCAUGUUUGCAUAUGUUUUGAGAGAGAGAGAGAGCACACCUCACCUUCCAUAAAAUCUCAGGGAUUGCAGGCACCAUGGUGAAAUAUCCUAGUAUUAUGAUGUUUGUUGAAAAAACAGAUGUAAAACAACAGUAUUUAUAGCUUUUCCCUCUCUCUCUCUCUCUCUCUCUCUCUUUGUAUAAAGCUGUGUUUGAAUCACAGCUACACUCUAGUAUAAGUCAGCUCCUGCCGUUGCUUGCGUCUAUGGGUGAGAAAGAGAACUGACUGCAAUAUAGUGAUUUGCGUGUGGGAGUCUUGUUUGCCAUCACAAGCCUUUUCCCGUUUGGAUAUCGCUCAGGUACUUCACACCCUUGCAGGCUGCCUGUUCCUGCCAGUUGAGCCCAGCCUCCGUGUGUAAACAGUUUGCCGACUGACAUGGACUUCCAUUGUAAUUGUCUGUGCAGCCAUUUGUUAGACUUGAGUUGUUUGUGCCAUUUUUUGGCCUUGCAUUUCUGGGGCUUCAGCAGAAGACUGUGUGAGAGAACAGCUCGUGAAGUGCCUUCUGUGGACUUCCGGUGGUGAAGACCAACCCUCACCUCCCAGCUUGCAACUCUGCUGCUCCCUGUUUGCCUUGGGAAGAAAAGACAACCUGGUCAAUGUUGGGGAACAGCAGCUGCAACAGCAGUUACCCUAACUGCACAGUCUGCGGCCAGGCCUUUGCAGGCGAGCUCUGCAAGCUGAUCCUCAUGGUCUUCCUGAUCCUUGCCAUCACUCUUGGCAAUGUGGUGAGUCUCCUGGUCUUCCUCCGUGUCAAGCAGUUCAGAACUUCCCAGGGUUACCUGAAGGCCUCUUUGGCCCUGGCGGACUUGGCUGUGGGGCUCAUUGUAGUGCCUUACUCGGUUUACAGGCAGGUGAACUGCUUGGUCUAUGGGGUGGAACAAGAGAUUAAGGAAUUUGACAGGUUGGCCUGCCACAUCUCUGGACCCAUCUUUGCAGGUUGCACCUUAGUCUCCAUCAGCACCAUAUUCCUGCUCUCAGUGGAGAGAAGUGUAGCAGUGCUGAAACCCCUGCACAAGAGAGCAGUGAUCACCAAGCGCAGGACCGUUUGCUUCAUUCUUCUCUCCUGGGUGAUGAGCUUCUGCAUAGCCGCAACUCCUAUCAUCUCCACCCCUCAUAUCACCCUGCAGUACAAUUCCUGCAGCAAGUUGUGCAACUAUGCCUUUCCUAAAGACGCGUUGCCUGGAUCCUAUUGGAAUGUCAUGCUACUUUUUCCAGUCUUUGAUUUUACCCUCUUGGGUAUCACCUUUAUCAUCAACUUUGUCACCUUUGCGGCCCUCCGACAGUACAGCAAGACCCGGCAGGAACUGGGGGGAGGGUCACAGACUGGCAGGCAGCUCUCCUCCUCAGACAUUACUGCUGCUAAGACCAUUGGCCUCCUGACCUUUGCUUUCUCCACUUCCUUCAGCCCCAUUGCUGUGUUUGUGGUGGGUUCUGUGAUGGGCUACCAGUGGUGCCAAUUCUCCUUCUAUGCUUUUUGGAUCCUCACGUCCAACAGCUGUUGGAAUGUGGCCAUCUACAGUGUUUGGGACCCCAGGUUCCGGCAGGGGGUGAAGCAGCUGUUCAAAAAGACAGUGCAGAUAGCAACUUCCGAGUGUCACAGUCAUUCACUGGAGGUACAUAGUUCUUCCCCAGCCUGUGUGACAGUCCUCAAAGAGAUGCUUCACCCAGAGAGUACUUGAUGGUACAGUUAGUUAUUCCCCUUUGUCAGGGUAGGCUGCUGUGAUCCUACUUCAGAGCAGUCUGGAGGUUAAACUGGAUAUUGUGGGUUUUCAAGGAAAUCCUGCUAUUCCAUUGCUGAGUCUUUUCAGAGAGGGCUCUUUCAGAAAUGUGUACGUCCAGACUUUUCCUUGCACACGAUUAGAGCGCAUUGAACUUCAUAGUCCAAAUAGAGCAUAAAUGGAUUUGUGGGGAUGCAUUACAAUGCAGAGUGUGAGAGCACAACACACUCACCCAAACUGAUUAGUGUAGACUUAAUAAUAUCUUUCUAAUACAAAGCUGGCAUCAUAUGAACCUGUGGAUUUGUUUUAUAAUGAGUCAGACUCUUGGUCCAUCUAGAUGAGUAUUGUCUACACUAACUGGUCUUUGUUGGACUCAAAGACCUGUGACUUUACAGCUGGCAUAGUGGAAACAACCAAUUACUGACAUAUAAACAUGCCUUAUCUUGAGUCAGAUCAAUGAUCCAUCUAGGGCAAGAAUGUAUGCCAUGCUAACUGGCAGCAACUUUCCAGGGUUUCAGAUGGGUCUUUCCCAACCCUACCUGGAGAUGCCCAGGACAUUCUGCACACACAGCAGGGAUUUUACCCCUAAACUGUGGCCUCAUAUACAUAAGAUGGAAUUUGCAUGUCAUUCUUGUAUGAGGGCCAUGCUUGAAGAUCUCUGUGUUCUAAUGAUAGGACAUGUGUGGCUAAAGUAUGCAUCUACUUCUGACAAUUAAUCCUCACAGGCAUAAGAUAAGAAGAGAAAAGAAGCUAUGCUUUAAAAAAUAAAACUUAAACCUCUACCUCUCCAUUUUAUUUAUUUAUUUAUUUCAAGCCUGCUUUUAAAAUAAAAAAAUAUUGAAGUGGCUUCUCACGAUCAGCUUGCAUAAUGGUUACUUGUAGAUCCACUUUAAAGCAUAAUCAUGUAUGAUUACAAAAAAAAAAGGAAAGCCAUUGAGUAUUGUUCCUGCUCAUUGUAUAAUCAUGAAUAUCGCUUUGAUAUUUCAGUGAUAACCAUAUCGCAUGUGGCCAGACCAUAAAUAUAUAUGCUGCUACAAAAACUGCCUAUAAACCUCUUUAAAAUGUGAAAGUCUAAAAGAUCAGUGAUCUUCGCAGUUUUUCAAGCGGCCACAAUUUUGGCCACUUUGGUAAAAAACCUUAGAUGUGAGAACCAUUUCCCACUGUGCACAGCACUGCACUUUUCUCAGUGCUUGGAGGGUACUUUAAGAGGAAAGUGGAAAGCACUGAGAAGGGCUACACCUCCCAGCACUCUGUGCAUGCCUUUCAAGAUGGUACAGGGGCUCAAGAGAACUAAGUUUCCCUUAAAGGAGCCCCCUGACACUGGGCAAAGCCCAGCACUGUACAGUGGGGUUGGUCACCCCAUGGUGCCAGGGGGACUGUGCAGUGUAUUCAUCUUUGGCUGAAGCUUCACACAGGUCCAAUAGAAGUUCUCACAACCAGCCCUGCCCAGGUAGGGCAGUGCUAGCCCGGGUACGGCUAGUUGUGAGAGCCUCCAGGAUCGCUGUCAAUUGCCUCCAGGCCUUACAAUGAAGAACACUACACUAGAUUUUGUGAGGUUACUCUUCAGGCCAUGGGUACCAAGAGACAGAGAGACAGACUUUUUCUUAGUAAUGCCCAGGUUGCUCAUACAGCAACUCAAAUCACAGCAAAAGCCUAGCAUACAGUGCUCAUCACUCCUAAACUCCAUAGCAGGUAAUUAGCCCAACUAUUCUGUCAGGGAUUAGCUUGACAGGGCUAGCUUCUGAAUAAACAUGGAUAGGAUUGGACUGCCUAUUGUGUAAGAAAGGAUAUGUUGAUCCUGGAAAGAUGGGAUAUUAUAAGACGUGGUGGUGGAAAACAGAUUAUUAUUAAGUUGAUAGUUUGAAUAGCUGGUUUUAUUGACAGAGCUUUCAUUUUGUGUGUGCUUGCCAAUGUUGAGUCUGUCUUUACAAAGGCUCUCACUUUGUGAUACUCUGUUAUGACUUCUUUUCCUGUUUGGUUGGCUAAAUAACUACGAUAUUUAUUGUGUGAGGUUAUCUUGAUAGCAAACACCAUUCUGAAUGUAUUCAAUGAAGAUUCAUUCUCUUUGAUUAAAUAAGGCCUCAAAAGUAUACCUAUUGUUUUGAUAAUCAGCUUAAACCUAUUGCCGCAAUGAAAAGAUGCAUGCAGUUUGUUUACAACAAUAUUGUCCGCACUGAAACAUGUUUACAAGAGAAUCUCUUUGUACUGGUAGCUUGUUACUGGCCAGGUUGGAAACUGAGGCCAAACAGAAGCCAUCUGUUGUGCUCUGACCUUCUUAGGGUCUGGAAGCAGCACUGCUUUGUGCUGAUUGAAUUGUCUAUAAUUUCUUUUCCACAUACAAGUUUGUA